AUGCCUACACGAUCAGGGACUCGGACCGGCAGACCGGCGGCCACCGCCAAGAAGCCCGCGGCGCCUCUGCAGCAUCCCGACACACCAGACAACGCCCUCCGAACCCAGGUCUGCGCCAUCUUCCGCGAUGCGCAACGGACGACGGCCACGCAUCGGAAGCUGGCCGUCAACCUCCGCAAGAUCCAAGAAGCGUGCUGCUACGAGCCGGUAGACCCCCGAAAGCCAGACGCCAACCAGUUCGACGAGAGGGCGUUCAAUGACGAGUUUGUGCGAUGCGUGCUGCGCAUCAUGCCGGUGAAGAAGGCGGAGAGCGUGGGCGAGAAGCUGAUUCGCUUCAUUGGGCUGUUCCUGCGGCAUGCCUCGGAUAAGGACAGCGAGCUGCUGGACGAGGCCGAUGCCGACGCGAGCUUGAUGCCCGAAACGCCGAGCAAUCGGCUCUCGUCCAAGGUGCUCCAAACCGCCCUGUCGCUGAUGCAGGCCAAGGACAAGUACGUGCGGUUCCGGUCGACCCAGCUUGUCUCUCACAUUAUCAAUUCCCUCGACGCCAUCGACGACGACCUUUUCCAGAGCCUUCGCAACAACCUGCUGAAGCGAAUCCGAGACAAGGAGGCCAUGGUCCGCGUCCAGGCCGUGCUGGGCCUUGGCCGACUUGCUGGAAACCAACCCGAAGACGAACACAACUCGGACGACAGCGACAACCACUCAGUUGGUCUCUUGGACAAGCUGCUUGAUGUCUUACAGAACGAUCCGAGCGCCGACGUCCGACGGUCUCUCCUGGUCAAUCUUCCGAUCGUACCCGCGACUCUCCCAUACCUUCUCGAGCGCGCAAGGGACCAAGAUGCCGCGACGCGACGGGCAGUCUACUCUCGUCUCCUGCCGGCUCUGGGGGACUUUCGACACUUGUCGCUGUCCAUGAGAGAAAAGCUGCUCCGUUGGGGCCUUCGUGACAGAGACGAGAACGUGCGGAAGGCGGCGGGGAGACUGUUUAGAGAGCGAUGGAUUGCAGACUGUGCCGGCGUGGCGCCGCAAGAAGAGGCACCGCCAAACUUUGAUGGUUUGCUGGAGCUUCUAGAGAGAAUCGACAUCAUCAACUCUGGAAUGGAGAAUGGGGUGGCUCUCGAGGCAAUGAAGGGCUUCUGGGAGGGUCGCCCGGACUAUCGCGAGGCGGUAGUCUUGGACGACCACUUUUGGGAGACCCUGUCGGCCGAAUCCGUCUUCAUGGCCAGGAGCUUCAACGACUUCUGCCGCAGCGAAGGUGAGGGCCGAUAUGAGCCGCUGAUCGAGGAGAAGCUGCCAGAAGUCACCAAGCUAGCCUUCUUCCUGGAGCGCUACCUCAAGGUGCUAGUCGACGCCAUCAAGCGAAUUGCACAGCACGAUGUCGAUGAGGAGGAGGAGGAGGAUACCGUUGAACAGGAGUUUAUUGUCGAGCAGAUGCUUCACAUAGCGCUGACCCUUGAUUACUCUGACGAGGUUGGCCGGAGGAAGAUGUUCACGCUGCUGCGCCAGUCUCUCGCCAUUCCAGAGCUCCCGGACGAAGUAACAAAGCUUGCCAUGGAGGCUCUACGAUACAUUUGCGCCCCAGACGCCGCUGGAGAGAGAGAGUUCAUCAGUGUCGUGCUCGAGGCUGUUGCGGAUGUACACGAUACGAUCGUGGACCUGCCCGGGGAAGACGACGAGAGCUUUGUCUCUGCCCAUUCAGAACAGAGGAGCCGAGAGAAUACUCCAGCGCCCGAUUCAAACAAGGAACAGCCCGAGAUGAGCGAAGAGGAGGCCCAUGAGAAGGCAGUGAGGGAGAUUCUCGUCAACUUGAAGUGCCUUCACAUCGUUCAGUGCAUGCUGACGCAUGUUGCCGGAAACCUCAAGGACAACACAGACUUGGUGUCCAUGCUUAACAAUCUAGUGGUACCGGCUGUGCGGAGCCACGAAGCGCCCGUUCGUGAAAGGGGGCUCGUCUGCCUCGGGCUGUGCGCCCUCCUCGACCGCUCGCUGGCCGAGGAGAACCUGGGGCUCUUUAUCCACUUCUUCACCAAGGGCCACACUGCCUUGCAGAUCACAGCGCUGCACAUCCUGACCGACAUACUCAACGUCCACGGAGCUCAGCUGCUUGCCACAACGCCGGCCGUCCUCAAGGUGUACGUCAAGGCAGUCAAGGGCGGCGGCAGGUCGUCCGAGGUGCAGGCUGCGGCCACGAUAGCGGCCUCGAAGCUGCUUCUCGGACGCGUCAUUUCCGACGAGGAGGCCUGCGAAGAGCUGCUAAAGUCCCUGGUGGUUGCCUACUUUGAUCCCGCGUCCUCCGCCAACCAGACGGUCCGACAAGCCCUCAACUACUUUUUACCCGUGUUCUGCUUCUCUCGGCUGGAGAACCAGGAUCUCAUGAGAAAGGUUUCCCUGCUGGCGCUCCAUUCCCUGCUCAACCUGCGCGAGGGUCUGGAGGAUGACGAUGUCGACGUCGAGGAAGACAUGGUGAGCAUGACGACGAUUGGCGCUUGCUUGGUCGACUGGACAGACCCGCGCAAGUGCUACAGUCCCGAGCUCGUCCUCGACGGGGAGAAGAAGAAUCCCCAGGGCGACGUGCACCUUGAUUUUGCCUGCGACAUUCUCGAGAGGCUUCGUGGCAACAUAAGCAAAGCUGAAAAGAAGCUGGUCGCCAGCCUCCUCGGGAAGCUCUUCGUCUCGCCCAACUCCUCCGAGGAGAAGCUCCGCGAGACGUACAACGUCGUCAGCGAGGCCGUGGAGGAGGGCCUCGUGACGGACACGACGGGCCGCAACGCGCUGUACAAGAUCCACGUCAGCCUGGGCAAGAUUGUCAACGGGCUCGAGGAGCAGCAACAGCAGCUGCAGCAACAACAACAACGGCCCUCGCAUAGUCGUACGAGUCGCAGCGUGUCGGUGGCUGAUGACGACGAAGAAGAAGAAGAAGGACAGGGAGCGAGGAAGCCAAAGAUCAAGGUGGAGGACGAUAGCGAUGGGACCGUGGUGCCGGAGCAUGGCGGAAGGAGGGAUUCGCUUGUGGAGGAUUUGUUGUCUGAUGGCGAGGAUACCAAGAUGGAGGACGUGUGA